GCCACAGACGUCCCCUGGUGGCCCUGCAGCUGCAGCCAGACAUGCUGCUGUUGUCGCUGCUGCUCUGGGGAUGAAGGGGACAGAGGGUGGGAAGGACACCCUGGAGGGUUUCAGCCUAGAGGUGACAAGGGAGGUGACUGUGCAGGAGGGCCUGUGUGUCCUUGUGCCCUGUGAGUUCUCCUACCCCAAGGAGCACUGGACUGGCUCAGACCCCAUUCAUGGAUAUUGGUUCCGGGAAGGGGCCAGAACAGACCGAGACCGUCCAGUGGUCACAAACAACCCACAGAAACCAGUACAGGGGGAGACCCAGGGCCGAUUCCUCCUGCUCAGGGACCCGAAGAAGAACAACUGCUCCCUGGACAUCAGAGGUGUCAGGAAGAGCGCAGGAUUGUACUUAUUUCGACUGGAGAGAGGACAGACAAAGUAUAGUUAUAUUGGGAACAAGCUGACUGUGCUUGUGGAGGCCCUCACCAACACCCCUCACAUCUUCAUGCUGGAGACCCUGAAAGCUGGCCUUCCCAGCAACCUGACCUGUUCUGCACGCUGGGCCUGUGCAAGGGGGACACCCCCCACCUUCUCCUACGGGACCUCUGUGUUACCCUUGACCCCCAAGACCAUUGACUCUUCUUCCAUGCUGACCCUCAUCCUGCAGCCCCAGGACCAUGGCACCAACCUGACUUGUCAGGUGACCCUGCCUGGGGCUGAUGUGAGCACAGAAAGGACCGUCCAUCUCAAUGUGUCAUAUGUUCCAAAGAAUCUGAUUGUGACUGUCUACCAAGGAGCUGGUUCAGCACCCACAGCCCUGAAAAAUGACUCAGUGCUGACUGUCUUGGAAGGAGAGUCCCUGUGUCUGGCCUGUGCUGUUGACAGCAUCCCUCCUGCCAGGCUGAGCUGGGCCCCUAGGAGCCUCACUCUGAGCCCCACAUGGCCUUCAAACCCUGGGGUCCUGGACCUGCCUCAAGUGCAUCUGACUGAUGAAGGAGAAUUCACCUGCCACGCACAGAAUGUUCUAGGAUCCCAGCACACGUCCCUGAACCUGACUUUGCAGGGGAAAGGGCAGAUGGCAGAUGUGGUCCUGGUGGCUAUUGGGGAGGCGGCUGUCAAGGUUCUGCUUCUCGGGCUCUGCCUCAUCAUCCUCAGAGAGAGGUCUCACGGGAAAACGACAGGAAGGCCAGCAGCACGCAGGGACUUUGCAGACCCUGUCACUGAUUAGUCUCUCAGGUGAGUGAAGCCGAGGUCCUGCAUCCCUCCCCCUUCCUUUUGGACCCCUCCCCAUAAUGCCACAGGAUGACACGACUCAGCAUGGCGCCAGGUGAGCUGCCCACCCCCAUCCUGUGCCCGCAUCCCUGCUGGUCCCAUGAUGCUCCUGGCUCAGUGGCCACUUCUCUAUCCAGAGGCAGGUGUGGGUCUCCACCCUGACUUCUCUCCACCUUUACCCCAGGAACCACUCCCUGGUCUCUCUCCAUCCUCACCAUAUGCUGAUCCCUUUCUCCAUCAUGACCCUGGUUGUCCUUUGUCCUCAUCCCUCCCUGGUCACUGAGUCACCCUCACCUCCUGCCCCCAUGUCUCUCCAGCACCAUCCUCCAGAAUGAACUUCCAGACACAAUUGUCACCCACUUCCUCCACUGUCUGAACAGCCCUGUGCUGUCGCCAUCCAUGGUGUCAGGCACAAGCCACACCCUGCACUUCCCAGCGUCCUCACAGCAUAUCUCAGGGCUAGGCAGUGCAGGGCUGUGAUGCCUGGGCCCCAAGGGCAUUACACUAAAGUCAGGGACAGGGGCAGUGAGCACAUGGGACCAAAUCAUUAAUUUUUUAAAUAAAUUUAUCAAUUUAUAAAGCAGAGUCGGCCCUCCCUGAGGGUCUCCUGUGGUCUGCAUCCUGCUGGACCCCCCAGAGCUUUCUCUCCCUGCUUCAUGACCCUCUCACACACUCUCCUCCAGCCUCCUGAACUUGUACUGCAUAUGAACACCAUUCCCUGACCUCCUCUGCCUGUCUUUGAACCAAGCACCUCAGCCUCCAACUGCAUGCCGCUCAGGGUGGGCACGUGUGUGUGAUGUACCCAGGACUCUGUGCAGGAGUGACAUCAUCCACUAUAUGUGGACCACAUUGGUGACUAGUACUGAUCUCCUACAGGACCCAUUUUUGUGGGUACCAGGGAUGCCUCAGGACUCAGCACUCCAGUCUGUGUAUUCAAGGAGCCACUGAUGUAGACAUUAGACAGGAAUAAAAAAAUAAGUAAUGAAUUAGGGCAUGUUCGAUGAAGAUGUGUGUACAAACAGAUGACUCAGGAGAGGAGCUGGGUACUGCUAGAAUAGUCUAUAUCUAUAGGUGUCAGGGGUGAUGUUUAAGAGAUAGAAGAUGGUCCCCUGUUUAAUAAUUGUGAUAAUUAAUAUGGAUUGUCUUUCAGCUCAAUGGGAUACAAUUUAAAAAUUAAUGAUUUGGAGCUGAAGAGAUGACAACUCAGUGGUUAAAAGCACUGGCUGCUCUUGCAGAGGACCUG